GUCAAGCAACAAAUGCUCAAUUACAGAUUUCUCACAGGAGAAGAUCUUGACAUCAUGACCCAUGGCAGCGAGUUACCUAACCUUGGGCCUAACUUUCACAGUCCAGAAGCCAUGUUAGAUGCUGUUGAUCAUUUUGAGGACUACAACACAUGA